AUGGAAACCGAGGAACCCAGUGAUGUGGAGGCAGAGUUGCGUUUCCCUUGGCCGCUUGGACCUGAAAAGACAACAGCUGCCUUCUUCUCUUCUCCGCCAUCCUAUGUGCGGCUGGAUUUGCUCCAUGUCUUCUCACAAGGCUCACAAGUCUUGUCUUCUCACAAGACUUUCAGGAUCAAGCAAUUCCUGGCCAAGAAACAAAAGCAGAAUCAUCCCAUUCCCCAAUGGAUUCGAAUGAAAACUGGUAAUAAAAUGAGGUACAACUCCAAGAGAAGACAUUGGAGAAGAACCACGCUGGGUCUGUAAGGAGCCUCGCAUAUGAAGUGGCACACAUUUAUGCUGUGUCAAGGUCACUUUCAUCUUACCAUAUCACUUUGAGAACAUCACUACCGUCUGACCAGCUGGGUGUGUUUUAUUGGGAAAAUUAUUUUUCUCUUUGCGUGUUUCUGCACUAGUGCUUUGGUUUAGUAGUAAAUAUGUGAGACCUUUGGUUAGAAGGAAAAAAAAAAAAGACAUAGCUGCCUAAAGAUAUGGUCAACAGAAGAUGCCAGGUCACCUCUGCAUUUAACCCCACAUCUGUCCAGUCCCCUUGAGGCCACACAGAGUGCCCACCUCUUCAGAGAUGGGUCCCUAGGCAGGGCUGUCACCUGAUGGCACGUAGAGGUGGGCUGACAGUGAACCUGAGCAUGACAACUGAGUGUAGCAGGGUGGGGAUUCUCUGCUGUUGCCUAUGGGGGUCUGGAAGCUACAGCGGCAGCCAGCUUGGUGUCCAGCCCAAAUCCACAUGCACCUUAGGACUGCGGGGGUCCUGGCUCAGGCCUGUCUUUUGACGAGUCUGUCCACCAACAGACACAGAGGUGAAGAGGCUACAGGAAGGAACCGGCUUUCACACCAGGCACUGCACAAGGCCCAAUCCCAUAUAUCAUAUCAUUUCAUCCCCACGGCACCCACUCCUAGAAGGAGAGAGGGAAGAGAGGUUUGCGGCACACCUUCCCUAGCAGGCCCACUGGAAUCCUUUCACAUUAUUUUCUUCUCUAAUCCUCCUGCCAGCACUGGGAGGUGGAUAUUAUUCUUCCUGAUUUACAGACAAGAAGAUGAAGAAGAUGAAGGUUCCAGGAGGCCACAGUGUACAAGGCCCUGAGUGGCAGAGCAAGAAUAUAUGAACUAAGGUCACUUCCUGUUGCUGUGUCUCUCUAAGGAGCAGAAGCCCCCAGGAGACUUCCUCUGGGGAGGAGGUGGGAGCAGUCAUCUUGCUGGGAUUCCACUUGUUCCUGGGCCCCGUACUACUUGCUCACCCAGGGCCACGUCAGGGCCCUGCUGCAGACCCCGCGGCUCAUCUCAUUAGGCUCUGGCUCAGGAUUCCCUCGGCCCUCCUGAGGAAGGAGAACAGUUUGGGAGCCUUUACUCUUGUCAUUAAGGAGAGUCACUUUGGUGAUAGGCUGCCAAGCCCUCGCCUUAAUGUUGCUACAAGGAGAGCCGAAAUAAGCUGGAGUGCUUGGUGUAAUAAAUACUGAUGAUUUCUACUAACAGAGAGGCAAUUACUGGGGCCCUGGGAAUCUGGGGCACACAGCCCUAGGGAGGACAGAAGAAGAGGAAUCGUUUCGAUAAUUAAAUGAGAUCAGACCAACGCUUCGGAUGGGCUCUGUUCUCCUGGACUGAUUAAGAAGCUGCUGUUCUUUCUGAUGGUUUCUUUCUGCCCAGAGGGUCCUUGCCUGGCCCUGGGACUAGGAAAAGGAUAUCCUACCCACUCUGGGUGGGACAGCCGGAGGGCUCCAGUAGCUAGCUGUCUUACACUAAUACCCAAACUCUGAACUUGCACAAGCUGUCCUGAGCUCUCUGCCUUUCCCCUGACCCCCAACUCCUGGCAGGAGCCCCUAGCAGACCAAGCCUACAGCUGCUGGAUGAGGAGGAUGGAGCAAACCACUGACAGCCCAGUGUUGCGUCUGCUCCCCGGCCCUGACACCUCUCCAACCUCUCACCAUCUUGUUCCUUCCAGGGGGCCUGGGACUGGUUGUUUGCCUUGGGUCUCCUGCAGGCCCAGACUGUGGCCUCCUGCCCUGUCAAGGAUUUGAAGUGGUCGGACCCACCACAUGAGCCCAGCCUUAUCAUGAAUCAUGAAGGUGCCAUUUAUUGAGAGCCUCCACAUGCCAGCCACUUACACUAUCUCAUUUAACCUUUUUUUUGGCCACGCCACACGGCACGUGGGAUUUUGGUUCCCCAACCAGGGAUCGAACCUGUGCCCCCUGCAGUGGAAGCGUGGAGUCUUAACCACUGGACCACCAGGGAAGUCCCAAUCUCAUUUAAUCUUUACAACAACACUGCCAAGAAGACAUUCUUGGGCUUCCUUGGUAGCGCAGUGGUUAAGAAUCCGCCUGCCAGAAGACCUAAAUAGACAUUUCUCCGAAGAAGACAUACAGAUUACCAACAAACACGUGAAAGGAUGCUCAACAUCACUAACCAUUAGAGAAAUGGAAAUCAAAACUACAACGAGGUAUCACCUCACACUGGUCAGAAUGGUCAUCAUCAAAAAAUCUACAGACAAUAAAUGCUGGAGAGGAUGUGGAGAAAAGGGAACCCUCUUGCACUGUUGGUGGGAAUGUAAAUUGAUACAGCCACUAUGGAGAACAGUAUGGAGGUUCCUUAAAAACCUAAAACUAGAACUGCCAUACGACCCAGCAAUCCCACUACUGGGCAUAUACCCUGAGAAAACCGUAAUUCAAAAAGAGUCAUGUACCAAAAUGUUCAUUGCAGCACUAUUUACAAUAGCCAGGACAUGGAAGCAACCUAAGUGUCCAUCGACAGAUGAAUGGAUAAAGAAGAUGUGGCACAUAUAUACAGUGGAAUAUUACUCGGCCAUAAAAAGAAAGAAAAUUGAGUUAUUUGUAGUGAGGUGGAUGGACCUAGAGUCUGUCAUACAGAGUGAAGUAAAUCAGAAAAACAAAUACCGAAUGCUGAUACAUAUAUAU